AUGCGCAGAAAGAAGCAAAAAAGACCAGAGAGGCGCACACCAGUGGAAGGGACGAGGAGAGUCACGCUAGUGAGAAUCAUGAGAAACAGCGUCAUGUGCAGGAGAACAGGAAAGAAAAGUCUGGAACAGAAACCGAACGCGAUGUGCUGGACCGUCUGUUCGCCGUGCACAAGUGACGAGCCGAAAAAGUCGCGUGCAUGCAUUCGCGUUAGUCUCAACGCGCAUGUGCCUUUCUGCGGUGAGUCUCCAGAAAAACAAAUGCAAAGCGUUCGCGUCGGAUACAGGGAGAUGAGUUUUCGAUUGAAGUUUUUUUUGAGCUACUUGGUUUUUCACGUUCACGAAUCUCGUCUCGCUGCCACUUUCCCCCGUUUUGUGGGUUCUCGCAUUUCCCGCCUCUCUCGCCUUUCGACGUCACUCCUCCGACGCUCGUUUUUCUUCCUCUCUCGGGCCUUUCCGCCUCCGCUUCAUCUCGCUCUUUCUGCCAGUCUGUUUCUCUCUCCUCCCUCCGUACCUCGCUCCUGUUCUCUGCGGAGGCUGCUCUCCGUAGUCCUGCGGCCGACCGUUGUUUUCUUGCAGCGCUUGCGGCCUCCGUGCAUAAGGCAGAAGAACGAAGGAGACGAAUCGAGAGCAGGCUGUUCCUUUUUCCUUUCAAUGUGCCAGACUGCUUUCUUUCUCCAGCGAGGCGCCUGUUCGGCUGAGAGUUUGCGCCGGGAGAACGCGCUCUGCUUCGAGACAGAGAAAGUACCAGCAACACGACAGCCAAAAUGUCCCGGAAAAACAACCGGAAACUUCAGAAGGCGCGUCACGAGGCCGCUCUCAAGUGGGAGAAGGAAGAACGCAAACGCCGCGAAGAGAAGCAAGAGCGAAAAGCGCAGCUGCAGCAACUUACACAAGCGGUGA